AUGAGUCAUGGAGGCUGCCGAAUUCAGUGCAGCAACUGGCUGCCAGCAUGCAAGAACCACCAAGCCAGUACUUGCUCAGAGAGCAAGAACUGCUUGAUGGGAACCUUGCUGGUGCCGAGAUGCUGGAGCCUGUCCCAACAAUCGAUCUUGGCCUGCUGUCUGCAUCCUACGAUCUUGAGGAAGCUGCCAAGCUGCGGUCGGCGCUGCAGACCUGGGGAUUCUUCCAGCGUAUGUGACCAGGUUUCGAACCAUGGAAUGGAGGCCUCUAUGAUGGAUUCUGUGAUGACCGCAUCAAGGGAAUUUUUUCACCUGUCGCUCGAAGAGAAGAAGAAAUGCAGCAACCUGAUAGAUGGCAAGUAUUUCCAGGUAGAAGGGUAUGGAAAUGACCAGGUGAGGACUCAAGAUCAGAGAUUGGACUGGUCUGAUCGACUGCAUCUUAGGGUUGAGCCGGAGGGUGGGAGAAACCUUGUCCAUUGGCCUACACAUCCCAAAUCUUUCAGGGAUGAUCUUCACGAAUACGCAUUGAAGUGCAAGAGAAUCAAAGGCGACGUCCUUCGGGCAAUGGCUAAGAUUUUGGAGCUUGAUGAAGACUGCCUCGUUAAUCAGUUUAACAGCGACGCCCCCACAUUUGCUAGAUUCAACCACUUCCCUCCGUGUCCAAGACCCGAUCUUGUCCUGGGCAUCAAGCCUCAUGCAGAUUUCCCUGCUCUCACGGUUCUCCUCAUGGACAAAGAUGUCGCGGGGCUGCAAUAUCUUAGAGAUGGAACCUGGUACAAUGUUCCAGCUGCGUGUGACCACACCUUGCUGAUCAACAUUGGUCUUACAAUGGAGGUGACCAUCUCUGAACCUCAAAUAAUGACCAACGGGAUCUUCACGGGGCCAAUGCAUAGAGUUGUGACUAAUGCCGAUAAAGAGAGGAUAUCAGUGGCCAUGUUCUAUGGUGUGGACCCCGAGCAAGAGAUUGGGCCGAUAGCUCAUCUGUUAAGUGAGGAGCAACCGGCACAGUACAGGAAAAUGAAGGCCAAGGACUUGUUAGUGUUGCACCAUGAACAUUAUGCUGGAGGCCGAGGACCAAGAAUUGCCGAUGCACUGAAGAUCUAA